GAUGCACCAAAAACGAUUUAGAUCUGAUGAUGACAGACUGAGAAAGCUUUCGCCAAACCAAAGUAGCGUUGUUUCUUUAUUUCUCGGGUGUAAACAAUUUCAUAAAAACUUCCCAACUGGAUAAGAAAAACGCCACCGACGACGGGAAAAUGGCCCCAAAGUUUAAAUUCACCGAAGGUGAAAAGGUGCUCUGCUUUCACGGUCCGCUGUUGUACGAAGCCAAACUGCUACGAUGUGCGAUGAUGAAAGAAAAGCAGGUAAAAUACCUGGUGCAUUAUGCUGGUUGGAACAAGAAUUGGGAUGAAUGGGUUCCGGAAAGCCGUGUGCUGAAGUACAACGAAGCGAAUCGUCAGCGGCAACAGGAAGUCCAUCGGUUACAUUCGCCCCUCGUAAAGAACAAGAAGAGCAGCACAAAGACGAAAAAGUCCGAAACACAGAGUGGAAACAGUAGCCAGAGCAAAGAUAACGAUUCACGAGCUUCAACACCCUCGAAGGAAGUGACGAAAGAGAAAGAGUCUACCGGACAAUCCGUUACUACUGCUACUGCAUCGACUACGGCGACCACUACCACCACUACUAGUGGCAGCUCUUUGGGAAAUUCGUCUUCUUCAGGAAGAAACAGAUCCUCUCUCAAAUCCACCGUUUCAAGUGCGAACGUUGCUUCGUCGCCUAGCUCAACCUCUUCGUCUACAUCUUCUUCCUUGGUUACAUCGGCUGCAGCAACACCCACAACUACAUCUGCCACGAAUGGAAAAGAAGGCAAGAUAGCGGAAGGUAAAGAAUUGGGUGAAAAAACAAAAGAUGAAUCGACUAGCGAGCAAAGCAGUUCUAAGGCGAAAAAACGCGGCCGAACCGACACCAAUGCGUCCAACGUAGAAUCGGAGGAUCAAUUCAUUUCGAAGGUGGAGGUGAAGAUCAAAAUUCCCGACGAGCUCAAGGUAUGGCUGGUAGACGAUUGGGAUGCAAUAGCGCGCCAGAACAAGCUGCUAGAACUACCCGCGAAGGUGACAGUCCAGGAGAUAGUGGACAACUACGUACAGUACAAGAAACAGAGCAAAGUAACGACGGCAACAAAGGAAACGGCCGUCGCCGACAUAGGCAAUGGGAUAGUUGAAUAUUUCAACGUCAUGUUAGGUUCCCAGCUGUUGUACAAAUUUGAACGUCCACAAUACGCGGAGAUGAUACAGACGCAUCCAGGUGUGCCAAUGGCUAAGAUUUACGGGUCCGUACAUUUGUUGCGCCUGUUUGUGAAGCUAGGGCCGAUGCUAGCUUUCACCUCACUGGAUGAAAAAUCGAUACAAACUUCGUCAGGUCACGUACAGGACUUCUUGAAGUACCUGGUAAAAAAUAGCAGUACGCUAUUUAACAUGCAACACUACGUAAAUACUAGCCCCGAGUACCAUCGGAAGGCCUUGUGAAGGCGUUUGUGGAGACCGAUGGAUGGAGGC